UAUGCACAUUUAUCAAACCAUGCUGAGAUCGCGAUACAGAUAACAGAUAAUAAAAUGAAAGUGAUGAUAGUGUUGUUUUUCUAUUCGUGGUUACAUACGGUUUAGGAUGAACUGAUUAGAGAUUAUGAAACAAGUUUAAAAACAGCGGAAUUAGUAGCCACUAUUCCUGUAUUAGCUAUGUCCUACAAGGUAUCGUUUGAUUUAAAACCCAAGCCAUACUCAUAUGGUUUUCAUAGUAUUCUUCAUUUCACAGUUGGUAAUGAUAUCAGUCACUUCGGUGACAGAACUCCGGAACUUUGGUUACGACUCUAUGAACCUAACUAUAAAGGUUUUCACAUUACUGCACCGAUAAAUAUAAAUAGGAAUAGAGAAAUCUAUAUUGAUUCACUUCCCCUCAAUGUGUGGAAAAACGUUGUUAUUAGUCAGCAACGUAUCGAUAACAAAUAUGUUUUCACAGUUAACGUAAAUGGAACAAACGCACUUUCUGAAAAUAAUGCCAUACCCCAAAAAUUUGACAAAGUUUUUGCUUCCGAUCCGUGGUAUCCAUCUCAAGAUGGAUCAAUAAAAAAUAUCAUUCUUGAAAACGGGGAGCCUGGCGAAUCUUUACCAAAAGCCGUACUAAAGUCGAAAUAUUUUGUGGAUAAUGAAGUUGAAUAGACACUGAAGAAAAAUAACUUGGUUUCGGUUGUGUCAAAAUUAGAAUAAUCAUUUGAUAUUUAUUUCGGUUUAAAACUCAACAGUUUUUCAGAUAGAUUUAGAAGUGUCAUUCAUUUGACUAUAGGAGAAGAUAAUUCAAAAUACGGUGAUCAAAUUCCUGGUAUUUUGGUUUAUAAGCAAAUGUUUCACGUUGGUUUUGCAACAAACAGUAAUAAAAAUAAAUAUUUUAAAUCCAAGCCACUUCAACAAGGCUAGUGGAUAAAUAUUCAUAUACGUCAACACGCUGAAUCGGGAAGAGCUUCUUUUACUUUAUAUAUCAAUAACGAAAAUGUAUAUACUGUACAAAA